GUGACGCGGAGGGCGCCUCUCAUCACGCAUCCUACCCUCUUCUGCCAUUUUUCCGCUACUGGCUAACUUUCUAAGCGAGGGGUCUCCAUCCAGAGGGAGGCGGGGAAGGCUGCAGGCACCGGAGAGAGGCGGUCAAAUCGAGGGAUCGAACUUUCCUAGGAGAAUCGGGGAGCUCUUUCACACAUUAAACUGUUAUUAGAAAGGCUAUACAAUGUCCGAUUUUGACAGCAACCCGUUCGCAGACCCGGACUUCAGCAAUCCCUUUCAGGAUCCUUCAGUGACGCAGGUGACCCGGUCUGCCCCUCCUGGUGGUCUGGAGGAGUACAACCCCUUCACAGACGCCAGAACGGCAGCCCCUGGAAAUGCCCCCAAAUCUAAUCCUGCCCCUUCCCAGAACACACAACCUGCCAUCAUGAAGCCCACAGAAGAGCCGCCGGCUUAUUCACAGCAACAGACUCAGGACCAAGCACGUGCCCAAGCUGAGCUGUUGAGAAGGCAGGAGGAGUUGGAGAAGAAAGCAGCAGAGCUUGAUCGUCGGGAGAGAGAGUUACAGUCCCACGGAGCCGCGGGAGGGCGUAAGAACAACUGGCCCCCGCUGCCAGAGAAGUUCCCCGUUGGCCCAUGUUUCUACCAUGAUAUUGCAGUGGACAUUCCUGUAGAGUUCCAGAAGACAGUCAAGAUCAUGUACAACCUCUGGAUGUUCCAUGCGGGCACGCUUUUUGUGAACAUGUUUGGCUGCCUGGCCUGGUUCUGUGUGGAUGCAUCUCGUGGUGUAGAUUUUGGCCUGGCCAUGCUAUGGUUUCUGCUGUUUACCCCCUGUUCUUUUGUCUGCUGGUACAGACCACUUUACGGGGCUUUCAGGAGUGACAGUUCAUUCCGCUUCUUUGUCUUCUUCUUCGUCUAUAUCUGUCAGUUUGGAGUCCACGUUCUACAAACUAUUGGCAUCACUGGCUGGGGAACAUGCGGUUGGAUCGCAGCUUUAACUGGUCUGAACACCAGUAUCCCAGUGGGCAUCAUCAUGUUACUGAUCGCAGCUCUGUUCACUGCACUAUCUGUGGGCUCGCUCAUUAUGUUUAAGAAGGUGCACGCACUCUAUCGUACCACUGGUGCUAGUUUUGAGAAGGCUCAGCAGGAGUUUGCAACUGGAGUCAUGUCCAACAAGACCGUUCAGACUGCGGCUGCCAACGCUGCAGCUAAUGCGGCAUCCAACGCUGCUCGUGGGGCCUUCAAACCUCAUCCAUGAACAUGCAUUACACAGACAAACAUGCACACAUGCUCACACAUACAAGCAUACACACACACACACACACACUGAAAAGAUGGAGAUGCACAGCUCUGGCCCCGCUGGUUCUCAGAUCAAACUGAUUUUAUUUAUGAAUGUCGCAAUGCUAAGAUUGCCCUGCAUACUUUGCUUAAAAAGUUUAACGUUAAUAACAGACAAGUGACCAGAGCUGUCCAUCCUCACUUAAAAUCAUACUGUAUAUCAGUAAAACUCUCCUACAUCCACCCUGUCUGCUUUUCAGUCAGUUAACUGUCUGCUCACUAACCGUGAAACAGCCACUUAGUGACUCAAGGUGUGCUCUGAGUGUGUCACACACUCUUACUCACUCCUUGGCUUUCCCAGAGUAAGAAUGUGUGAGAUUUCACCUCACACACUCGUACUCACUCCUUUGCUUUCCCGGUUCUUCUGUCCCUUUGAGGUGAUCCUAGGUCAGGCAGAGAUUGCGGUUCUAGCAUACCUUAUUUUUGUCAUGGUGAUGACCUCCAAACAGCUUCCUGCCUGGUUAAUACAGUGUAGAGUCAUGAAAAGUGAUAAUCUGAUCAUGGUGUUUUGCACAUAGUUCUGUUUUAUUGGUCACAUACCAAAAGUACAGUAUAUGUUUGAGUGGCUGGGGCUGCGUGUGAAUAUGUAUUUCUCUUUAUGAAAUUUGUGGCUCUGACUUGUUUUGUUUUAUUUUUUUUUUAUAAUCCAGUGCUUGAGAUCUGAAUGGUGAAUUUUACCUUGUACUAUAGCAGUGCUUCUAUUCUCAGACAAGACUGUUCAAUUAUGGUAAAACUUAGUUCAUAUAAAUCCGAGUACGACUGUAUGUUCUUAUGUAAGGACCCGCCCCGCAGCCCCCCGACACAGAUCCAGCGACACCUCAGUUGAAUUGUUCCCUCUCUGUGUGCUACCCUGAUUGGCAAAGUAGAUUGGGUCAGCACUUCUGUGGCUUACAAAGAUCUGACAGCAUGAAAAUGACAUGCUUGUUUAGCACACUCAAGGUAGAGGUCAUUCUGUCCACUAUCAGCCUUUUCUCAGGCUACAGAGGUAGCUGGUUCAGGGGAAUGUCUGCCUACUUAUUUUCCCUCAGUUUCUGUGAGAAGCGAGCUGUAAAGUUAUUGCAUGUCCCAUUGGCUGUUUGACUGAUUGAUGAUGUUUGGAUCUAUUUGUGAAGACGCACUGAACAGCCAGGUCAGUAGGUCACCAGCUCUAACCACAAACUUCAGAGGUUCAGUCGGAUGCUUUCAUGGCCUGGUGCACUAAAGGGGGAAAACACCUGAGAUAUAACAAUCUCAUAUUCUUUUAUGUAUGUAUGACAUUAACAGACUACUGUGUGGCUCUCCCUCAGUUGCUUUUGUAGCCCUUCACACUUGGUUAAAACUAACGCUGCUAUGAAUGUUGUCAUAUUUCCUGAUCAAAAGGACACAUACCAUACAUAGUGAAAACUGAGGGAAGUGACCUGCCUUCUCUCACAAGGACCUGGACAGUGAUAAAGCUGUGAUUUUUUUUUAUUUUUAUUUUUUUUUUAAAUCUAUCCUGUAUACACAAAAUAGUGAAAACACUGAUAUUGUGUAUAUGUACGUUACAAAGACUAACAGUCCGUUUGCAUUUUCACAGACAAAAAAGUCAGUCCAUUGAUUUUCCUGUCAGUUUUGGAUUACUGGCAUCAGACGUUUCACAGCCAAAAUGAACAUUGAUAUAUGAGAGGAUUGGACUUGAUGCACAUUCAGUGAUUUCACUAAGAUACAUUUAUAUAUACAAUAAUAAUUGUUAUUCUAUACUCAGUUGUACAAACUACUGUCACUGAAGUGAAAUAGGGAAGUGGGUUACAUUUGUGUUGUGCUUUAGCACCUCUCAUAGUGUUGAGUGUCUGAAGAUGUGCAUGAUAGAUGACUGAUGAUAGGUACUGCUGUUAUCACAAACGUGUGGACUGAACAUUAUAGUGGAUGAAAUGCUCCUGUGAGUGCAACCAAGGUCAAUAAUUUGUCAUGAAAUCGUAAGCAUACAUCUUGGCAGUAUUGGUUUUUGUUUGGAAAUGUUUUGUUUCAAAUUCCUUGCACAUUUCUUGUUUUGCGUUCAACUUUGUGCAAAAGACAAACAUGUUUUUAUUUAUGGUGUAAUUUAAGUUGUUUGCAUUUAAAUUGUGUUCGGUUUAUUAUACAUUAUGUAUUAGGUUUGUGUGGUUUUUUUAAUGACAUGAUCAUGGCAUCAGCUAGAUUGAAAAGUGUUCAAUGACUUUGCAACUUGUUCCUGCAAGAGGUGUGCUUGUGUGGAUGAGGAUGUGUGUAUGAUUGGUAUGAAAAAAAAAAAAAAAUCUCCCUCAAGUGUUAUUCCAAGUUCAGAAAAGCUGUGCGAAAUCUACCAAAUGUCCAUAUAGAUUUGUUUUUAAAUCUUGAUUUGUGAUGUGUUCCCUUGCCAUGUUUUACUUUAAGGUGUUACGCAACUUUUCUUUGCUACAUACACCCACACGAUACACAUGUAUCUAUAGUUUUAAGCAGUUCUUAUAUGAAGCCAUGCCACAGUGGGUAAUUUCUUGAUGUAUUUGGCGAGUUGGUCCGCAGUACAGAAAGACGUUUGAAGUUUGUUGACAAAAAACUGUGUUUUUGACCUGUGACCAUGUUAUUUCACUGAAUCAGAGAAGAAACUCAUUCAAAAGGGACACUUGUAUAUUUUGUAAAGUUGAAAAUCUGAUCCCCAUUAUCAAUCACAUGUAAAAAGAAAACGUGAUGCACUCUUGUCUGGCCUUUGUCGCAUGUGAAAUAGUUUGAGUUUUGUAUAUUUAUGGUAUUAACAUGAAAUAA